GGGCGGCGGGCGGCUCCCGCUUCAGCCUCGGCAGUGGCGUCGGCGACGGCGGAGUCGAGGCAGCCGCGAGCGCUCGGCCGAGUGGCGGCGGGCGGCGACGGCGCAGGAGCCGGGGGUUGAGGACACGCGCGCUGGCCCUUCCACGCCGCCGCCGCCGCCACCCAGAGCCAGAGGCGCCGGGGCGCGGGCGAGCGGGUGGGCCGGGGCAGGGCGGGCAUGGCGCGGACCCCGGGCCCGGCCCCGUUGUGUUCUGGAGGCGGCAAAACACAACUUUCCUCGGCUUCUCCUCCCGCGGCCGGGCUGCUGCUGCCGGCCCCGACGCCGCCGCCGCUGCUCCUGCUGCUCAUCCCCCUGCUGCUCUUCUCCCGGCUCUGUGGUGCCUUAGCUGGAUCAGUUAUCGUGGAGCCACAUGUCACAGCAGUGUGGGGAAAGAAUGUUUCGUUGAAAUGUUUAAUUGAAGUGAAUGAAACUAUAACACAGAUUUCAUGGGAGAAGAUACAUGGCAAAAGUACACAGACUGUUGCAGUUCAUCAUCCUCAAUAUGGAUUCUCUGUUCAAGGAGAUUAUCAGGGAAGAGUCUUGUUUAAAAACUACUCACUUAAUGAUGCAACAAUUACUCUGCAUAACAUAGGCUUCUCAGACUCUGGAAAAUACAUAUGCAAAGCUGUUACGUUCCCACUUGGAAAUGCCCAGUCCUCUACAACUGUGACUGUGUUAGUUGAACCUACGGUGAGCCUGAUAAAAGGGCCAGACUCUUUAAUUGAUGGAGGAAAUGAAACAGUAGCAGCCAUUUGUAUAGCAGCCACUGGAAAACCAGUUGCACGUAUUGACUGGGAAGGUGAUCUUGGUGAAAUGGAAUCUACUACAACUUCCUUUCCCAAUGAAACAGCCACGAUUGUCAGCCAGUACAAGCUCUUUCCCACGAGAUUUGCUAGAGGAAGGCGAAUUACUUGUGUUGUCAAACAUCCAGCUUUAGAAAAGGAUGUCCGAUACUCUUUCAUUCUAGACAUCCAAUAUGCUCCUGAAGUUUCAGUUACAGGAUAUGAUGGAAAUUGGUUUGUGGGAAGAAGAGGUGUUAACCUCAAAUGUAAUGCUGAUGCAAAUCCUCCACCCUUCAAGUCCGUGUGGAGCAGGUUGGAUGGACAAUGGCCUGAUGGUUUAUUGGCUUCUGACAAUACUCUUCAUUUUGUCCAUCCACUGAAUUUCAAUUAUUCUGGUGUUUAUGUCUGUAAGGUGACAAAUUCCCUUGGUCAAAGAAGUGAUCAAAAAAUCAUCUACAUUUCAGAUCCUCCUACUACCACCACCCUUCAGCCUACAGUUCAGUGGCAUCCCUCAACUGCUGACAUCGAGGAUCUAGCAACAGAACCUAAAAAAUUACCCUUUCCAUUGUCAACUUUGGCAACAAUUAAGGAUGACACAAUUGGCACCAUCAUUGCUAGUGUAGUGGGUGGGGCUCUCUUCAUAGUGCUUGUGAGUGUUUUGGCUGGAAUAUUCUGCUAUAGGAGACGACGGACGUUUCGUGGAGACUACUUUGCCAAAAACUACAUUCCACCAUCAGACAUGCAAAAAGAAUCGCAAAUCGAUGUUCUUCAACAAGAUGAGCUUGAUUCUUACCCAGACAGUGUAAAAAAAGAGAACAAGAAUCCAGUGAACAAUCUAAUACGUAAAGACUACUUAGAGGAGCCUGAGAAAACACAGUGGAAUAAUGUAGACAAUCUCACUAGGUUUGAAAGACCGAUGGAUUAUUACGAAGAUCUAAAAUUGGGAAUGAAGUUCGUCAGUGAUGAACGCUACGAUGAAAAUGAAGAUGAUUUAGUUUCCCAUGUAGAUGGCUCCGUAAUUUCCAGGAGGGAGUGGUAUGUUUAACAACCACUAAUGUGACUUCACUAUGUACAAUGUUUCAUUCAUACUAGUUGAUCAUUUUCAGAUUGUUCAUACUUUUUCUUGAGGAAGAAUAAGCUUUUCCAAGUUGAUUUCAAGCUUACUUUUUAUAUUCUGAUCUGACAAAUGAAAAUGUAAAAUCUGGGUUCAAUGUAUCUGAGCUGCUUUACAAUUUUUUUCACUGCUGUACUACUGUCUCAAGAUUUAAAUUCUAAUGCAGAGUACUUUAUUGGUCUGAGGCACACAGGUAAGAAGAAAUGUCAACGUUAAAUGUAUGCCGUUUUGGUACAAAAAUUAAAAACAGAAAAAAAUGAAACUACCUUGGCAUUGUGUAUUAAAUGUUUACCUAAGACUAUAAUCUCAAGUAUAAUGUCAUGUAACAUGGUACCUCUCAGAGCGUAUCACCACUAGGUGUGCUCCAUCAAAAUUGACAGUAAAUCUAAUUCAGAAAUGCUUAUAUAUUUUUAGUAUACUAAAAUUAUUCAUUCUGAUGGAGUAUCUUUCAUUUUCAAACAUUGUUUUCUAAGUUUCUAUAUUAAUAGAAUCUUUACCUCUGAAUUUUAAUGAACCUUGCCAUGACUUCUGUAGAGUGGCUUUUCAAAGAUAUUUUGUUGCACUAAAACCAUGGCCAUAAACUCAGUGAAUAUGAUGUUUGGAAGAGCAUAAUUAGCUGGUCAAUAUUUUUGUCCACAAUACAUGCAAGAGUAGUAAAAUAUAUGCCUCCUAACACAAUAAUUAUUAAUUUUUUCAUCUCUGGAAGAAAGUUCUUAAGUUGUUUUGUGAACAUGGUUUUGGUAUAUGAAGCAUUGGCCUUAUUUUAAUGCUUUAUUUGCUAAGUAUGUGAAUAGUGAUGAAAGUAUGGUACACAGAUAAGUACAGAGAGAGUAUUUGAGUAUAUUCGUGUGCCAGGUUUAGACAUGAGCUAUUUCAGCUAGGAAUCUACGCAAAGAAUUUUCUAGAUAAUCUUGAUUUAGUAUUUAAUGUUGGUGUUGUUUAAACGGGUAACUGUAAAAAACAAUUAAAAUAAACUUUGAAGCUUGAGGUUUAAAUAGAGAAAUUGAAUUAUAGAACCAGUUGUUGAUAAUACUUGCUGAUGACUAUUGGUAAUCCAUCCCUUUUCUCUCCAUGUCCCCCUAAAUGUAUGUAUGUUUCAAACUUUUUUGUUUUCAUUUUUGUUUUUUUUUUUCAAAUUAAAACUGGAAACAUAUCAUGAGAAUUUUUGGGUUUAUUUUGUUCAUUUGUAUCACAUAGCUCAUUAACUAUAUUCUUUCCAGUAUCAUAUAACUUUUGAGACAUGUUAUUUAAAUAUUCAGAUGUUAAUCUUUGUAUGGUAACUUAAUGCUGCAGUCGAGUUCUAAAAUUGUGAUAAUGGCAAAUGUUUUAAGGCCCAAAGAAUGUUUUUCUAUUGAUAAUGAAAAAGGACUGUAUAGAACAAGUAUCUUGCAAAGACAGUGAAGAUGUUAUGAAAUAAAUCAGAAUAGAUAAAUUAUUUUUAAUAAAAAUGUAAAUUAGGUGAUCUUCACCAGCCACCUACUCCCAGUCAUCUUUUAUUCAUAUAUACAUAUAUAUGUAUAUGUAUACAUGAAUUUUAUUAUAUAAUAUAAAAUUCCAUUCUAUAUAUUUCAUAUAGAAGACAGAAUUGUGGCAUACUCCUAAAAUAUAACAAGUAGUGAAAGCUUUAUUCUGAAUAAUUAGAUACUAUUUUUCUUUAGCACUGUUGUAGAAAUUAGAGGAUCUACCCUAACAUGUAUUAUAAGGCAAUAAUAUCAGAUUAAGAAAGAUGGUUAGUUUAUCAAUAUCUCAUUGAAAAUAUGUUUUAAUAUAUUUAAUCCCCUAAUAUACAAAUAGUAAGACACAUUAGUUCGAGUCAUUGGAAGUCACUUCCUUAGUAGUAAUACACUGUGACAAACUUAACUUGAUGUCCAUUUAAGUAUGAGUAGUGCUAUGAGCCACAAGAAAGAUAGGCCUAAGAUUUCUUUCCAUGAAAGAUAAGAAUUUAUUGCUCUUUUGAUCAAAAUUUUAUUUUGAGAAGGAAGUUUUUGAUAUGCUGUAUGAGUCCAAACAGAGUGAUCACAUUUAGGAUUCUAUAUAAGUCUUGACUUGAAUAUAUAACUCAAAAGAAAUUAGUGCUUAAGAAUUGUGUUUCUAAAGUACAGAUACCUACUGAUGAUGAGCUCCCUCUCAUGCUGUGCCUAUUAUGUGGCUAAUUUUAGGCAUUUAGUUUGGUUUUGUGGGCAUAAGGCAAUCUGGAAAUCUAUGACGUAUGUAAUAUAGUCUGUAUUCAUAAUCUGGAUUAUUUGGCAUCCUGGGAGCUUGGCAGGUUUUAGGAAUCUUAGAUUGGUGCUUAAGGCUUUUCGAGAGCAUUGCACUGUUGAUAAAGCUUUGUGUAUGCACACUGUACAUAGGGAGUUGUCUGUGAACAUGAGUAUUCACGUGAAUACUAGUGAUGUGCACAGCUGAUUGUCAGGUAUAUACAAAUCUAUCUCUGUGGAAUAUUUGAAAGAUCAUUUUUACCCUAUAGAGACCAUGUUUACUUUUGUUACUUAGAUAUGUUUUGAACUGUUUUUCCAUUUUUAUAUUUAUCUCAUGGUUUCUUUUCUACUGCUAAAAUAUUUCAAUAACACAAAUUGUUUUUUCCUGUAAGUUUUAUUAAAAUAUAAAAGCUUCCAUAAGCUAGAAGUUAGCUAUAGACUAGCUUUUGACUGUGUUUGAAUAUUUAGUAUUUAACCAUGUGCCUGAUAGGAGAUGUGUGUUGCUGUGCCGAUCCCCUUUCAUACACACACACACACACACUCAUACACACAUACAUACAAAGCUAUAUAUAAAGAAAUUGUUAAGGUUCUUUUAGUAGUAACUGCUGCUUCUGAUAGUCAUUCAUAUGUGAGAAAGUUCUAAAAAGAAGCUAAAGCUCCACGUUUUACAUUAUAGGAUUAUAGGAAUUAGAAUAAGUGCAAAAUUUGACAAAAAUGUCAUUUCAUAUGAGAAAAAAGUCAGUGUGAUUUUGAUAGUGUUAAAGUCUAUAUAAAUAUAUUAUUUGUACAUGGCAGUAGUUUACAUGAAAUUCGAGAAAGGAAAGAAUGGUCCACAGAAGGAGAUUUUAACCUUACAGGGUCUAAAGUAGAGAUUUAUCCCCCCACUUGUUAAUUGGAGAUGUCCUGUCAAAAAAAGGGUGGGAUUUUAUUUCUAUUUCUCAGCUUUUUUUGUUUUGACAUUGUGGGAUUGGGUUUCACUUUCCAAUUUUAGUUUUUAAUCAAUAACCCCCCCGCCCCAUUUCUUAUUUAAACCAAGUUAGGUUUUUAGGUUUUAGCUCUCAUUGCCAUGUAGUAACUCAUAAAGUUUCAAAAAAAAAAAAAAAAGCGCUUUUUCAGUGGUAUAUUUCUAGUAUAUGUGCUGCCGAAGCGAGCACUCAGUGGUAUAUUUCUAAAGUGAGAUGAAAUUCUGUAUUUUUUCUUGCUCCUCAUAUUGGCUACUAUGUAUGGUCAUGUAUGUAUAACCCAUUUUCAUUUCAAUUAAUUAAAAUGCAAUUAAUAAUCUUAGGAAUUAGGAUCUACUUUAUUUCUCUUCCCAAACUACUAAUAUCAGGUUAAAGAUAGAGUUAAGGAAACUCUGACAGUGCCUCUAAGUGGACAUGUUAGCCACAUUGACAAGCUAGCCAUUACACAGUUUGCUUUUAACAUGUUUAUCUUGUGUGUUCAUCAUCAAGAUAUUCAGAAAUAUUUAAAAAAUUGCAUCUUCACCAAACAUGUGCAGCCUGUUUGUCUCACCUUUUCUUAAUUUACAAGUUAUUGGGCAUUUUAAAUGAUAUGAAGAUGAGUCGUAUGUAGGAGGAUUUAUACAGGUUAUGUUCAUCUCAUAGUGUACUCGGGAUCUGAACAUUGCUGUAUGUUGGCAUCUUGGGAUCCUGGAACCCUGGUAUAGAUACCAGUUGGUUUUUGUUCAUAUCAGCUCAUUUUAAAGGAAUCUUAACUUGUCUUUUAGUGGUGUUUACUUACUGCUUAUGAACUGUUUUGAGUAGAAAUCACACUUUAUAAUCAAUUUCCUGUUUACUGCUUGUUAUUUCUAAUAGUGGUAUAUAUUUUUCUAAACUAUUUUUGAACAAGUAGCCAUUUCUUUAAAUGGCAUACACUUUGGAUUGUUUUGUUCACCUCGUGGUAUACCAAUAAAAAUUGAUUCAUGAAAGCAUAUUUAGAUAAUGUCGACAGUAUCCCUAAAGUUUUAAAUGUCUCUGUUUUCUUCUGUUAUGUUCCAUCCACAUUUUUAGAACAUGAAGAUGAGUAGUGAAAGAAACUAAGGCUACUUUUACAAAACAUUGCACUAUAUUUAUUUUAUGGAGGGGCCAUUUAUUGAAGCUUGGUACUGAUUAUGUCUGUUUGACUUUGGAAGAGGAAAGCAUAUUUCUUUGUGGGAAGACAGUAGCAUUUCACUAGCUGCACACAUGAGAGUGGUCACAUUACAGCAGAAGUAAUCUUUAAGUCUUCAGAACAAUCCAAAGACAUAUUUUUACAUGCAUACUAUUUCAAUAGAUAUACAUUAGUACAGAAAUUAUACCAUUCCAAUUACCAGAAAUGUCUCAGGGAAAACCUACUUUGGAGAUUUUUUUUUAUUUUUUAUUUUGAAUCCACUUACUUUGGUUAUUGCUUGUUCACUGUCACUAAUGUCAAAAUUUAAGCACAUCACCUUCCUGCCAUUACCUCAUUGACAGCAAAUCGUCGUCAUUCAUUCUAAAAGAUAAAAAUAGUUCUAAAAACCAGCUAUGGAAUCUUUUAAAAAACUUUUCAUAGUAUCUUUAUUAUACCAAAAAUGAAUAUUUCUCAAAUUUCAAGCAGUAAGUAUUCACAUUUCUUCAUGUUUUAGGAGGUUUAAUCAGGAUGCCAAGUAUAAUCUGUAUAUUGUAAUUUUAGAAAUACCUUUUCAUGUGUUCUGGCUCACAUGCCAGAAGUUUCUUCCCUCCUUCCUUUUGUUUGUUUUCUAAAAAUGGCUUCACUUUCCUACAGUUUUCCUGUGUGGAUUGUCCCAUUGCAUCCCGAAUGCAUCUUCUGCAUGUUUAUGUUGGUAAGGUCUAAAGCCUUGCUUCAUUCAAAUUUCAUUGUGUGACAGGGUUACUUCAUAGGAAAUGAUGCAUUCUUCCACCAUGAGGUUCAUAAUACUUGCUUUUCUGCUCUGACACUAGCAAUCAUUUGGUCCUCAAUGCUGAGCCACAGUAACAGAGGGCGUUCUCAUGUCCAGAUAUAUUAAAUGUGUGUUUAUAUGUGGUGUGCCUGAAACAUGAAUAAGUCUACCCAUGCUUCUCCUUUAUGGAAAACUUCCUUUUCCCCUUUUCCACACUGGAAGGCCAGUCCAUGUAAGUGUAUCUGAAAUGACAGAUUGAUGAUACUUCAGCAGAAUUAAAAAAUGCCAACCAUGGUCUUUUCUGUCAUCUUGUAUGUUUACACUUUAUUCUUGUUUUUGCCUGUCUUUUGUAGAUCAGUGAAAACUCUGGAUUGUAACAUGAGCUAAAAAAAAUUAGUGUGUAUUCCGUAUAUAUUUGUGCUACUAGAGCAACUCAAUUGUAUGUAUUUUAAAUUAGUCCAAAGUGGACAUUUUAACUCUGAUAACAUAAAUGCUUUUAAUGUCAAUGUCAUUGUCGCUAUUUGGGAUGCAUAAUGUGCUUCACUUUUAAAGUUAAUCUCUUUU